AUGUCUUCUCAGGAACAUAACAAUAUAGACACAGAAUAUUGGGUGUUUGGUUAUGGAUCUUUAAUUUGGAAACCACCACCAGUAUACGAGAAAAGAAUUCCAGGUUUUAUUAAGGGACAUGUACGGAGGUUUUGGCAACAUAGCACCGACCAUCGUGGAACAGAAAAAAACCCUGGUCGUGUCGUCACAUUGAUCCCGUUCGAGGAAUGGAAAUUAAUGGAGGAUUAUCACGAUAACAAAGAUGGUGUCACAUGGGGCGUCGCCUACAAGAUCAAUGAGGACGACGUUGAAGCCAUCAAGGCUUACCUGGAUUAUCGUGAAAAGUGCGGAUAUACGAUACAUUAUGCAGAUGUGUAUCAAUUAGGGCAUGACGAACCUAUAGUCAAAAAUGCUGUUGUAUAUAUUGCAACCACCAAGAACGAGUCAUAUGUUGGAUCUGCUUCUUUAGAUGCUAUAGCUCGACAAAUAUUUCUGUCUGUUGCCUCUGCUCUCAGAGAACUGGCACCAGAUGCACAUGACAGUCACCUAUUCGAUCUUGAAGAUAAA